AUGCAUGCAGGGCAAGGCUCCGACUUUGGAAAGCUCCAGAACUUCCCCCAGAAGAUGGACACCAGCAGUGGCGCCGUCGACAACCCCGCUUCCCCGGAUCGCGACGAGGACAGAGGCCGCCGGCGCGACAGAGACGACACUGACGGCGACAUUGGCGACGGCAACGAUGCCGCAGAGGGAACAGGCGGGUCGCGAAAGAGGCGGCGGAGCAGGAAAGGGCUCGACAAGAAGUUCGAAUGCCCGCACUCAGGCUGCGGCAAGAGCUAUUCGCGCGCAGAGCAUCUUUACAGGCACCAGCUGAACCACAACCCCAAACAGAUCUACCACUGCGACUUUCCCGACUGCCACCGUUCCUUCGUACGACAAGAUCUAUGCGCGCGGCACAAAGAGAGACAUACAGCGCGGGGCUCGCAAUUGCUGCGCAAGGACACAUUCAUGCAGAAUCUCAAUCCCAUCGUGACGGCAGCUAUGGCGAACAAGAACGAAACGAACAAGCUUGGGCCUAUAAAGAACUCUCCUACGGUGCCCCAGGGAGGUCAGGAAAGGUAUGGACUGCAAUCGCCUGGGUCUUCCGUGGGAGGUCCCACGGCAGCAACGCAAAUGUCGCCGCCCAACUACCACUCGCCGGGAUCGAACAUGGGACGACAAAACUCUCUGCAUCGGGCAGGGAGUGACGAAUCGUAUCGCAGCAACUCUGAUGUCAAGCCUCAGCCCUAUGACUUGCAGACCCGGGGUGCUGGGAGCUUUGCACCCCCACCGCGCCCCUCCCAGUUUGGAAACUUCGGGAGCGGGCAGACGUCGCACCACAAUUCUCCCCACAUGGGGAACGGACACUAUCAACGGCCCGAGUUGCGCGCCCAGACAUCCAACCUGUCGUCGUACGGCUCGUCGUCGCCCGGCUACCAGCAACAAUCGAACUUCCCGCCAUUUCAAACACUCCCUCCUCCCGAGUAUCCCCAUCAGUCGGACACGACCCCUGCUCCGAAAACCGAGGAUAACCAAUACUACAACGGCACGUCGGGGCAGACCCCCAUGAACGGUGUUGAAGCGACGGACACUAGGAUGAACGGUGUGUCGGAAGCUAUUAUGGAACAAACGCCUUCGUAUGCCAUACCCAUGUUUGGCGGUGAAGGUUACAGUCGAUCUCCAUUUGCCAUGGCAGACGACUUCGCGGCUUGGCUGUUCAACGACUCGCAAUUCGGUCCCGGCGCCUCGCCCAUGACUGGUCCAGGUGGUUCGAACUCGAACGUCGGCUUAUCGUCACAGAUCGGCCUACAAGCACCGUACUUCAACUAUGACCCACUGGUAACUAACAUCUCCUACAACCAACCGCCACCGGUUCACCCUAUGGCUGUCAAAAGCAUUCUCGAUACCUCGCUUCCAGAAACGGCCUUGUCAGAAGACAAGCGGAAAGACUUGCUUGACCUGAUCAUAUGCCGUUUCAAUGAGACGGACCAUGCACCAGUCAAGAAGCAAAAGGAAGACUUGCUCGAAGGCGACAAGGAGCGGAAUGAUCACGUCCUAAGUCUACACAUGAUGCAACAGUACAUCGGUGCCUAUUGGUUGCACUUCCACCCGCAACUCCCGAUCUUGCACAAGCCAACUUUCAACGCAUCGACAUGUCCAGAUCUCUUGCUACUGUGUGUCAUGUGUCUGGGCGCUUCAUGCUUGGACAAGAGCCAAGUGGGUGAAGAAGCAACACAAUCGUGCGCACAGCUAUCCAAUUUCUUGGCCUGGCAUUUGCGUUGGGAGAUCUUCAUGGACGCCGAUUUCCGCCCACCAGCAAAACUUUGGGUAUUUCAGGCCUUGUUGCUCCUUGAAAUUUUCGAGAAAAUGUACUCUACGCGUCCUCUCCACGAGCGAGCGCACAUUCACCAUGCAACCACGCUUACGUUGAUGAGGCGAGGUAGUUCGCUCAUUGGCAGAUCUGCGAUGGACUCUCCUCCAAGUCAGAGCGGCUCAAGCAGUAAAGGUAGCCACGUUAACACCCCUGACGAGUGGUGGAAUCAUUGGAUCACCAACGAAGCCACCAGGAGGGCUGCCUUCGCAGCUUUUGUCAUGGACAGCAUCCAUGCUACGAUGUUCGGUCACAGUGCAGUGAUGGUGGCUCACGAGAUGCGCCUUCCUUUACCUUGCGACGAGGCUCUUUGGUCAGCAACAAGCAGCUCGGAAGUCGGGCGAGUGGAGGCGAACCUGCAUUCCUCUGGUUUCAAACACACCACGUUCCUUGACGGGUUGAAAAAGACUCUCAAUGGUCAGACAGUGAGGACCAAUUCAUUUGGCAGAACGAUCCUCAUGGCAGGCCUGCUCAGCGUAUCGUGGCACAUGAACCAGCGGGACCUACAAGUAAGCUCAUUGGGCGUGUCGACAGUUCUCGGUGGUCGAGACAAAUGGCGAGGCUCACUGACACGGGCCUUCGACUUCUGGAAACAAGACUUUGACAAGUCACUUACGAACCCCGAUGAAUCCGCCACGCCCAGUGCGCACUCUUAUUCCAACAGUGCAGCCGACGACAAUAUCUUCGAGUCACGUACCGUGCUGCAUCAUCUAGCGCAUAUGGCGAUGCAUGUGGAUAUCGUGGAUUGCCAGAUAUAUGCCGGUGCUAAUCGAUUGCUCGGACGUUCCAUCACGAACAUCGACUCCAACGGUGCCAGGAAGCGGAUGCAAGAGCACUGGGCACCAACGGCUCGAGCACGAGAUGCGACCUUCUACGCUCUGCGCUUCUUGUCGGCCGUCAUGAUCAGCGAGGGACCCGGUGCAACUGGGCAACCACCCGUAGCGCGCUUCAACUACUCCGCCCGCAACGACUUCCUACUCAACCGGCCGUGGGUCCUCUAUUUCGCCACGCUCAUCGUAUGGUCGUACGGAUACGCGCUCGACGGACCAGUGAAACAACAAUACAUUUUGGACACGUACGAAGACAAGGAGACGGACAUGAUUCGCUUCUUGCAACGUGUGGGCGGCGUACGCGCUCCGGACGACCUGGCCAAGAUGCCGGAUAGAAACGCGUGUCUGGGACUGCUGCUCUUGAUGCGCGAUAUGUUCAAGAAGACGAGGUGGGAAUUGUUGCAUGAGGCGUGCAAUUUGUUGAGCAAGUGCAUCACGAUGCUGGUACCGGAUUAUCAGGGCAGCAUGUGA